CUGGCGACCCCUUAGAUGGACCUGCUGGUUGGGAAGCACCGUGAUAGAGACCAGUACAGCAGAGCCGUUUGCCACCUCGACUUAAUCCAUUCUUAUUUUUCCGCCAUUGUGAUUCGUUCUGUAAAAGCUUCAUAGUGAGUGAGCGUCAUUGUGAGUAGCUUCAGAAAUAAUAAUGGCCUUAUUGACACUCGUCUGUGUUAUUGUAAUCCACAACUGGAUUCAGCUUCUUUCUAUUUACCCCAACGUCUCUUCCCACUGGGACGUCAGGUCACAGGCGGUGACUGACACAGCCUACUCAGCCCUGUAGCUGAUGUCAGUCACAGCCUGACAGACUGACCACAGAGCAGCAUCACUGAUUCUUGUCUCUGCUAGACUUACUGCAUCAGAAUGAGAGCUAUAGCCAUGUCUUCCAGCUCAGCGAUGGUGCGCAUCCUGAUCAAGGGUGGCAAGGUGGUGAACGACGACUGCACCCAGGAGGCAGACGUCUACAUCGAGAACGGCAUCGUCCAGCAGGUUGGGAAGGAGCUGAUGAUUCCAGGUGGAGCCAAAGUGAUCGACGCCUCUGGAAAACUCGUCCUACCCGGCGGCAUCGACACCAGCGUCCACCUGGAGGAGACCUUCAUGAACGCGAGCACGGCGGACGACUUCUACAGCGGUACCAAGGCCGCUCUAGCCGGAGGUACAACAAUGGUGAUCGGACACAUUCUGCCAGAGAAGAAUGAGUCUUUGCUGGAAGCUUACGAGACGUGCCGCAGCUCGGCGGACUCCAAAACCUGCUGUGACUACGCUCUGCACGUGGGCGUUACUUGGUGGGGACCCGAGGUGCGAGCUGAGAUGGAGAAGCUGGUGAGAGAGAAAGGAGUGAAUUCCUUCCAGAUGUUCAUGGCCUAUAAGGAUACGUUCAUGCUGAGGGACAGCGAGCUCUUCCAGGCUCUGCAGCACUGUAAGGACAUCGGAGCUAUCGCAAGAGUCCAUGCUGAGAACGGGGAACUGGUGGCAGAGGGUGCAAAAGAAGCCUUGGACCUGGGCAUCAGUGGCCCAGAGGGGAUUGAAAUCAGUAGGCCUGAAGAGCUGGAAGCAGAGGCGACCCACAGGGCGAUAACCAUCGCCAACAGGGCCCACUGCCCGCUCUAUCUUGUCAACGUGUCCAGUAUGGCCGCAGGAGACGUGGUGGCUACUGCCAAGAUGCAGGGUAAGGUGGUCCACGGUGAGACGACCACAGCCCAUGCUGUGCUGAACGGCAUGCAGUAUUAUCAUCAGGACUGGGCCCAUGCCGCUGCCCAUGUCACCGUGCCUCCUCUCCGUCUGGAUCCAAGUACUCCCAAUUUCCUGAUGAGCCUGCUGGGAAAUGACACUCUGAACGUUGUGGGGUCCGACCACCGUCCGUUCACCAUCAAACAGAGAGCCAUGGGCAAGGAUGAUUUCACAAAGAUCCCCCACGGGCUUCCUGGCAUUCAGGACCGCAUGAGCGUCAUCUGGGAGAAAGGAGUGAUCGGAGGUAAGAUGGAUGAGAAUCGCUUUGUAGCAGUCACAAGCUCAAACGCAGCCAAGAUCUACAACCUCUACCCGAGGAAAGGGAGGAUCAUCGCAGGAGCAGAUGCUGAUAUAGUGGUCUGGGACCCCGAGGGAUCCAAGACCAUUUCUGUGGAUAACCAGGUCCAGGGAGGAGACGUGAACCUGUAUGAAGGCCUCCGUUGUCACGGCGUACCCCUGGUCACCAUCAGCCGUGGUCGUCUGGUCUAUGAAAAUGGCAUUUUCAUGUGUGCCGAGGGCUCUGGAAAGUUUUGCCCCCUGAGAACCUUCCCGGAUUACCUUUACAAGAAGAUGGUUCAGAGAGAAAAGUGUCAGGCCGUGAAAGCUGUCGAACGGGAGCCCUACACAGGUGAAGUUGUUACUGUUGCCAACUCGGCAAAGAGAGAUUUCGGGGCUUCGGAUCUGGACACUCCGACGCGCCCCUGCACCAGGCACGGCGGCGUGAGGGACCUCCACGAGUCCAGCUUUGCCCUGUCUGGUGCUCAGAUCGACGACAAAAUUCCAAAGAGAUCCUCGGCCAGGAUCCUCGCCCCGCCUGGAGGAAGAUCCAGCGGGAUCUGGUAACCGAUUACAUGAAGCGGAAGAUUGAUACCUGAGGGAAACACGUGGCCAAGCAAGAUGACUUGUUUUUUCUUUCUGGAAGCUUAGAAUGUGUGUGAGGGUCAUGAAGUUGUGUUUUUUUAAUUUUAAACUCAGCACAGUUACAUAGGACUGUAAAGCGUUAAACAGUAUGACAUUGUCGUGAUAAUAUGGAUCAAGGAAAAGUAUUGCUAGGUGGUUAUAGCUACCAAAUUUCAGUCAGAUGUUAACCAAAUAUAAGCAGCAAAUUAAAAAAAACAAAAAAAAAAACAAGUUACCGAUGAAUUACUUUGGCCGUUGGAUCACAUUAGGGGAAAUAUCUUACUUAUAGUUUUAGGAAUGUGACGGUGAGUCGUGGUUUUUAUGAUGCGAUUGUGUUACCUCACUGUAAAAUACGAUUUUGCACUUGUAUCAUGUACUAUUUAGAUGCCUUUUUACAUGAUUUAAUGUCACAAGUAUCACAAAUGUCUUUUUACGGCGAGCCACGGUGAAUGAAAUGUAAUAAAUUAUUACAAGGACGUCAGCGUGACAUUAGUAUGUCACGUUGCAAUUGACCAAUUGAGGAAAAAUAUAACCUUUUUGAUUGUGUUUUAUUUAUUUUUUAUAUUUCAUUAUUUGUGGUAUUUUCCGUUUGAUGCUACUGUGUCACAAUUACUUCCUAAAUAAGAAUUUGUUCAGUAGUUCUUUGUCGUCAGAUCAUGUUUACAGCCUUAUAGCAGAAUGGACUUCUGUUCCACCUCCCACCUCCCCCACCAAAUGUGAAUGAAUGCAAAUGCUGUGUGUACUGUGCACGGUUGCAUAGUUAGAACUCCUGUAUUAAGCACUGAUGUCGCUCACGUUACGCAUCCAUUUUUCCACACAGAGCAAAAAGUCUCACCCAAACUGCCUUUUUCUCACCUGAGAACACCGACACCCCCACAAACACAUCAUCGUCCCAUGCUGCAGGUGCUGUUCGCGACAUGCCGAACGCUGUCGUUUCUUCUAGAGUUGGCACUUUUUACUGCUUGGUCUGUUCCGACUGACACUUCCGAUGUAAACACACCACUGUGAAGCAUGUUAGAGAAGGUGAUCCUCUUUAGAGCUGAAGGUAAAACAGCAGACGUGUUAGUGAAUCGAUGCCAUUUUCUUUCAGGGGAUCAAACGCCAUCACGCUCGGCAUCAUAACCUGGAAGGCAUGCUUUGUUUAGAAACUUCAGAAAAGCACUGAUACUACUACUACCGUAUUUUUACAUUUGUUUUUAGUUACAGAAUAUUUCUUGUGAAUAAUUGUCUUAGUCAUUUUGAUCAUGUUUAGACCCAGUUAUGUUCAGGAGAUCAUCAUGUUACCAGUUAAAGUCCUACAUUAUUGUGUCUUUUGGACAGAUUUCACUUUAGAGGCUCCAGUGAAUCUUCUUAUUUCUUCCCCCCCGUCCCCAAACUUACACUGGUGCUGAACAAUGUGUCAUCACAUUGAAUUCCUUUUAUGUCUUAUUUCAUCUUGCAGCUCUUUAUCACAUGAUUUGAGUGCAAAUAAACCACAAUGAAAUCUCCA